AUGGCUUCCAGCCUCGCGGAAGACCUGGUGUGCCCCAUCUGCCUGUCCCUCUUCCAGGACCCGCACAUGCUGAGCUGCGGGCACAACUUCUGCCUGGCCUGCCUCCAGGGCUGCCUGUCCCUCGGGGCUCAAGGGGCGCCCUGCCCGGAGUGCCGCCUCCCCUUCCAGAUGCGGGACCUAGUGCGAAACCGCGCCCUGGCCAAUGUGGCUAGGAAGGUCCGCCGCUUGGAGCGCGACCAGGGAUUGGGGGCGCUGCCGGGGGAGGGGGACUUCUGCGAGGAGCACGACGAGCCCCUCAAGCUCUUCUGCCUCCAGGACCAGCUCCCCAUCUGCGUCAUCUGCCGGGAUCUGCCCCGCCACCGAAGGCACCGUUUCCUGCCCACUAAGGAUGCGGUGCAAGAUGCCCAGGGAAAACUGAAGCCAUAUCUGAAAGUACUGAAGAAGAAUCUGGCAUCUAUCACUAGAGAUGAAUCUCUUCAGGAAAAGGAAAUUGCAACACUGGAGAGUUUAACUGAAGAUAUCUUGAAGGACAUUUCGAAAGGUUUUGAAGUUCUUCACCAGACCUUGCAUGAAAAAGAACAAAGUUUUAAGAAGAUUGUUCAGGGGAUGAAGGAGGAAAACCUGAAGGAGAUGAAGACCGCCUUGGCUUCCUUGGAAGAGGACAGGGCUUCGCAAGCUGAGACUCUUUCCAACAUCAAAGCAGCAUUGGUCACUACAGAUCAUAUUGCCUUUCUUAAGGAUUUCAAGAAUCUGAUGGACAAAGUUCAGAAAUACCCUCUAGAGGAGGAAGAUAAAGGUGAAAGCAGUAGCGAUGAGGAGGAGGCAUCCAACAAAAAUAGAGAACACUCUGAGCAAGAAGAGGCAAGUAAUGAUGAAGAGGAAGGGGAUGGUGAUGAGUUAGAAGAGGAUGAUGAUGAGUUAGAAGAGGAUGAUGAUGAGUUAGAAGAGGAUGGUGAUGAGUUAGAAGAGGAUGGUGAUGAGUUAGAAGAGGAUGGUGAUGAGUUAGAAGAGGAUGGUGAUGAAAGGGAGUAUGAAAUUGAAGAGUUUGGGGACGAGAAAGAGGAAGAAGAAGAUGAGGGAAACGUGGUAUUGGUGGAUCCAGCCCUUGAGGAAUUUAAGGAUAACAUGGACUUUGAGGCUUGGAAGGAAAUGUUGCUACAGGAAAUCAUGGCUGGAAAGGAGAAUGAAGAGGAAGGUGUAGCAAAACUCAUAUCAGCUGAUCUGCAUGUGAUUUGUGAUCUCACACAGAAGGUGGUAGACCUCUUGCCUCAGCGAUUUUGA